AUGUCAGUGAUGGAGGCUGAGGCUGCCGUUGUUGAGAACGAGGCUGUCAUUCUCUCCCGGUAUACGUUGGCGAUACCGCUUUUCAAUUUCCUUCUUGCCACCCGCUCUUGCAACAACGGUCUAUCGAAUGUCUUCAAUGCGCUCAACACUUUGUCAAAUGACACGCUCGAGGCUAUGUCCAUCAACGAGGUCGGCUCUGGAGUGACAAUCAAAGAUUUACUGCAGGGCAUCCCUGCUGAUAUACCUGCGAGUCUCAUCAUGAAUUUGGGACAACAUACCUGUGACUACGAGUGGCGCGCGGCGGUGGUUUCUGAAGAAGCCAAAGCCACCUUACGACGACUCGCGCCUUCAAUCAUCUCGGGGACAAACACGAUGCACGAAGUCAACGACGCUUAUCAUCCCGAUGGCAAAAAGCUCCGGUUCUCUUUCCAUAACGGGCGAGCGGAGGUCCAAGCGUUCACCGAUGGCCCCAAAGCCACAUUGGUGACCCUGAGGUGUAUAAAAGGCUCACCAUUCUCUCCUCUUUGUCUCCAUCACUCUCUCUUCCUCCCCACCACCACCACUACCCUUGUCCUCUCUCAUGCUGUCCUGCGGUACUCACUGUCCUCUCCGUGCCCUCCUUCAUCUGUACAGGUUAUCAGGCACGAUCGCCCCAGGCACGAUGUCAAGUUCAUAGGCACGAUCGCCUUCAAGCACGACAGCAAGUUCACUGGCUACAUUGUAUCUUCUGGCGACACUGCUCUGGGAUCUGUGGCUUUGGUCUGUGGCAUCGGGCUCUAUCGUUCUCUGGAGGUGGCUUCGACGUCUGGUUGCUGGUCCCGCACCGCCACACACACCUACUUCAAGCUGCAAGAGAUCGUGUCGCCAGUUAGGGGGCGUCAGCCCCCGGUGAGUCCUUACUUCCUCUUCCCGCUGUCGCAAUUACUGAGUCGCCCACACGUCUUACAUUUCCAGAAGGCGGUGGGCGCUUCCUACUCUGUAACGUCAAGUCUGACCCACCUUUCCCCUACCGACCACCACAACGCCGUUGAGCCACUCAACAACACAUCCUACGCAACAUUAUCCACCUUCCCAGCAAUGUCUUGGUGCUAUAAUGAUGGCCGUGACGCCGAGGAAGACCUCUUCACUCCUGGCGCAGGCCCGUCGCGCUCCCAGACCUGUGCCAACGACGAGUCGGACGAGGACACCCACUGUUCCGCACAACCGUGGCCCUAUACCUACAUCGCGCAUGGGGGACACCUGAAUCCCCACGUAUCACUGCCGCCUCCAUCCCUCCCUGUGACCCACCUCGAAGGUCCGACCCCCUUCACACCACACGCGUCCGCCCAGGCCGCCCACUGGGACGACGACAACGACGAGUCGACGGGCGCAUGGCCGUUCCCGGUUCCAGUCCCCGCCACUCAUGCAUACACGGAGGAGGCUCUACGCUAUGUCCCCGUCUCGACCUUCUCAACACGGGUGGAUGCAUUGGACCGUAUUGAGGUCCCUCGGAGGCGCGGCGCGGCGCGUUUCUCCUCGCUGCUGGACGCCGUCCAGCCGAUCCGGGGUCCAUGGAGCGAGAUGGCGCGGGAGAUCGUGGAGGCACCGCGCGACAUCGUCCUUCGGGUGUUGGCCGAGGUGCUUCCGCGGGAGCCCGUCGAGGAGGUCCCGGAGCCCAUCCCAGAGCUGCCGCCAUCACCAGAGACCGCCUCGGUGCCGGUGCCGCAGGCGCACCGUGUGGAUGCGGAGGAGGGGCCGAGCCGGAAGAAGGCGAGGAACGAGAAGGGAAGCGAAGGGGAGGGGGAGGGCCAGGGAGGAAGCCAGGGAGGGAACGGCGCGAAGGCGGAGAGGCGCAUAGUCAGGAGGCCGCGCAUGCCCCCGAUCGCGGGGUGUGGGCUGUUUUCAGUCAGGCUGCAGAGCCACUAUGCGGCGAGAGGAAGAGAGAUGGUGGGGGUGCAAAGCCAGAUCCCUGUGGUCCGUCCACAGGCGCAUGACAGCGCCCCCAAAGAUACUACAAGUACAUCGACGACGUCCACCCACAGGGUGGAGAUCCCCAUAGGUGAGCCAGUCCCCGAGGCUGUACCGCAGUCCAUUGGAGGGCCCUGGACAACGACACCUGGGGAGAAACAGAGAGGCGCGCGAAAGCGCAAGAGGGCUGACCCUCAUGUCUGCGACGGCCCCGACGGGUGUAGCAAGCGGCUGUCGUGCCCGUACGACAUGCCCCGACACAAGGCGACUCUGCGCCAUGGAGGAGUGCGCGAGUUUGCAUGCGACGACUGCCCAGCCCUGUUCGUGCGCAAAGAUGAAGUGCUUCGCCACAUGCGGGAGCACUGCCCAAACAGGGGCAGGAAACAUAACGGCGGGGGCGGUCCCUCGCAGGGCCCGAGACACGAUGGUCUAGAGGGCGGUGGAGGGGGCAUGGGGGGGUAUGGGCUUUCAUCUUCUCUUCGCUCGCUCCUUUGUUUCGCGCCGCACACCAUCGAUGCCUUUGCCGUUCCUUUCACCCUCGUCGUUCUUGCCAUCGUCUCGCGCUUCGGAUCGAUGCGGAUAGGAAGCUGA